AUGGGUUGGUUUUGGGCAGAUCAAAAAACUACGGGCAAAGAUAUUGGUGGGGCAGCAGUAUCAUCCAUGUCAGGGUGCCCAGUCAUGCACGAGUCGUCGUCGUCGUCGCCACCAUCCUCUGAGUGCCCCGUUAUGCAGGGAGAUAACGAUAGAAUAAACCCGCUGAACAAUAUGCCGGAGUUGGCAGCAUCCAAACAGCCUGGCCAAAAGAUGGACUUGCCCGUUGAUCGGACCAUCUCCAGCAUCCCCAAGAGUCCAGACAGUAACGAGUUCUGGGAGUAUCCUUCUCCACAACAGAUGUACAAUGCUAUGGUUAGAAAGGGCAAGAUUGGCGGUAGCGGCGAAGUCGCCGAAGAUGCAGUGGAGUCCAUGGUGCAGGUCCACAACUUUCUAAAUGAAGGGUGCUGGCAGGAAGUGCUCGAAUGGGAAAAACCGCACACAGAUGAAAGCCACGUGCAGCCUAAGUUGCUGAAAUUCAUGGGGAAACCGGGCGUAUUGAGCCCUCGUGCUCGCUGGAUGCACCUGUGCGGCCUACUGUUUCCGUCCCAUUUUAGCCAAGAACUACCAUUCGACAGGCACGACUGGAUUGUACUCCGAGGCGAGCGCAAAGCGGAACAACAACCUCCAACCUUCAAGGAAGUUAGAUACGUCUUGGAUUUCUACGGAGGGCCCGACGACGAAAACGGAAUGCCUACUUUCCACGUGGAUGUCCGUCCUGCCCUAGAUAGUCUAGACAAUGCUAAGGACCGGAUGACCCGUUUCUUGGACCGGAUGAUCUCGGGUCCGUCCUCUUCGUCCUCCGCCCCUUAA